CGCAGUCGGGCCUUGGUCACCGCGGUAACGCGCGCUGGGCUGGUGUUUCAGCAUGAGCUUGCGGGUCGCGCGGGCCCGGUGGGCCCGGGGCUUGGGUGCCGGCUGCCGCCGCCGCGCCUCGAGCUUCCCGGUGCCUCCGCCGGGCGCCAAGGGCGUGGCAGAGCUGCUGCGAGAAGCGACGGAAGCGGAGGAGCAGCCCUGGGCGGCGGAGACGCGGCGAACGCCGGGGCAGUGCUCGGUGCUGCUCUUCCCCGGCCAGGGCAGCCAGCUGGUGGGCAUGGGCCGCGGUCUACUCGGCUACCCGCGCGUCCGAGAGCUCUACGACGCCGCCCGCCACGUGCUGGGCUACGACCUGCUGGAGCUGAGCCUGCACGGGCCGCAGGAGGACCUGGACCGCACCGCGCACUGCCAGCCCGCUGUCUUCGUGGCUUCGCUGGCGGCGGUCGAGAAACUCCAUCACCUGCAGCCAGCGGGCUUCUCAGCAGUGGCGCUGUUCACCACCACUGCCAGUGUCUCUGGCACAGAAUGGAGUUUGUGCUUUUCCUUUCGGGUCUGGCCUCCCUCCUUCAUUAUGAGUCCUGAUUUUUCCAAAUGCUCUUCUCUCUGGACAGGUUUGUAUGCGGUGAAAAUCCGAGCUGAGGCCAUGCAGGAAGCUUCAGAAGCUGUUCCCAGUGGAAUGUUGUCUGUCCUUGGCCGGCCUGAGGCCAAGUUCACCUUCGCCUGUUUGGAAGCCCAGGAGCACUGCAAGUCUUUGGGCAUAGAGAACCCCGUGUGUGAGGUGUCCAACUACCUCUUUCCUGAGUGCAGGGUGAUUUCAGGACACCUAGAGGCUUUGAAGUUUCUCCAGAAGAAUUCCUCUAAGUAUCACUUCAGACGCACCAAGCUGUUGCCAGUUAGUGGUGGGUUCCACACCCGCCUCAUGGAGCCAGCCGUGGAGCCACUGGCACAAGUUUUAAAGACAAUCAGCAUUAAGAAGCCUCUGGUUUCCGUCCACUCAAACAUCAAUGGGAACAGAUACAUGCACCCCAAGCACAUCCAGGAGCUGCUGGUCCAGCAGGUGGUCUCCCCGGUGAAGUGGGAACAGACGAUGCACGCCAUAUACACAAGGAAGAAAGGCACUGCGUUCCCCCAGACUUUCGAAGUGGGCCCUGGGCAGCAGCUGGGAACCAUCCUGAAGAACUGUAACCUGCAGGCCUGGAAGUCGUACAGCCACGUGGACGUGCUGCAGGCCACCGAGGACCCAGACCCGGACCCCGAGUAGUCUCCGCGGUGACCCCGUCUGUCCUCACAGUACAGGCUGUGGGCUGCGCCUGCUCCGCCAAUUUUGUUCACCCCUCAUUCAACAGCUGGGAGACUGGUCCCACAUUUGUCUACUCACCCAAGAAGUACGUGUUGAGUGCCUGCUGGAUGCCAGAGAGCGAGCAGCCUCUGCCCUGGUAGGAGAGGGUCCUUCAGCAAGGUGCGGGAGUGUGCAGGUGCCUGGGAAGGGGGG